GCUAAUUUAAUUGAAACUAUGUAUCUAUAAGAGGGCUUGCAUCUGCAGCGCGGUGAAUUUGGGGUUCUCCGCACUCCGUCCGUCAGCGACAGUCCACCUGAAGCAUCAUGAAGUCCUCCAACCAUCAUGGCCACAGGCCAGAACCUCAUCAUACAUACCAGCCAACGGUGCCGACCCCUACCACCCGAAUCCGUGGGGUCGCUAGAGACAUUUGGUUGGCGUGUAUGAUAUCGUCUAUCCCUCUCAUUGCCUUCUCUGCUCUACUUCUCGGUCUCGUCUUUCACUACCAAGUCAUUCCCAAGAGCCCUAUCUCUUCGAGCUUCCAAUCUGCAGCGUCAGCAGAUUCCAGCGUCAUUUAUGUCGACUUCCCUGCUACCACUCUAAUCAUUGUCGCAUCGUGGUCUAGCACUAUGGCGCCGCUCAUCCUGCCUUUUCUCCUGACCCUGGUCUCAUUUCCCGUGUCUAGAACAUUGAUUCAAGCGAGUCAGAACGGCGAUCGAACCAGACAGCCAACUCCGCGACAAUAUGCUCUUAUUCUUCGCACCAUGAGCAACGCUUCGCUAAGCGCUCUAUGGAGUUGUGUUACCUAUGUGUUUACCUCGAAAAGGAAGAGGGCACCAAUGACGCAGCCCUUGACAUUCAUGACAUGGAUGCUAGCCUUAGCUUCGCUUCUGAGCAUGUUGGUCUUUGCCACGGAUACAUGGUUGCAUUUCGUGACCAAGACAGUUCUUCUCACCCAAUUCUCACCAACAACCUUCGAUAGCGCCAGCUUCAUGUUCAACGAAAACUGCACAAACAUCAACACUACCUUCGAAGGCGGCUGUACGCUCAAUAGUGCGGCAGCAAAUACCUUUUUGAUCAAUAGCGAACCUUCACUGGAACUUCUCGCCAACGUCUCUAGUACAAAUAUGGUGCAGCAAGUCGCCGACUCCACUGGCAAAAGCUACGCCUUUAUCGGCCUGCGACCAACUAAUCAAAAUGCCAAUUUGGACUAUACAGCUACAUCUUUCGGAGCAUCGUCUCAGUGUCAGGUUGUCACAAAUCAUUGCAUAAGUGAAGACGGCAUUAGCGGUCCGCAGGCAAGCUAUAAAUGCGACUUUGGCCCGGUACAGGGAGUUAUACCAACCACUCAGGUGGAUGCAAUGGUCCUCACUUAUUUCACCGACUCAUCAAUGAAGAAGAACUCUUCUUCCCUCGUAUCGUUGCCGAACCCAUAUUACUUUACUGCUGUGGUCAGCGUCAACCAGAACUUGGGCCGCAACCCUAAAAGGGGCCUGAUUGAUGAUCCUGAUAUAGCCAGCGGCCUCCAUGGGUCGACUCUUUUCGCAUUGCUUUGCAGUACCAAGGUCCUUGAUUGGAAGUAUACUUCGAUAAAUGGCUCCGUUAAAUCCUUCUCAUACUCUCCGAGCAACUCGUCCACUACCAACAUUGUGAUGGGGACUCAAGGAUAUACGCAUGUCGGCGAUUCAUAUAUCCUCCAACAAACUAGUCUGGAUGUAUGGCAAAGCGACACAGCCAAAGAGGUAGCUGAAAAGUUCGCCGAAACAUAUAGUCGAACCGUCCUGGGUGCAAUUGGAGGAGCUUUACUCUCCGCACCAGCUGAAGAGGCCCAGUCGCGGUCCUCGAAGCUCGUAGCAAAGGUUCCCAAAGGUCCUCUGGCAUGUCUCCUCGUUGCGAACUUGCUUCUUGUUAUACUUGGACUGUUCCUUACCAUUCGAGCAUUCUUCGCAUUGAGUGGCGAUGUUGGGGACGUGCAAGCAAGACUCGGCAUUACUGCACUUGUUGCAGCGCAUUUUGAGGCAGAUAAAGGUGAGACUGCGGUGGAAAAGGUAGAUCAUAUGUUCCAGGAGAGAAAUGGAGGUGACGGGCCGCGCGUAGGUGUAGAAAGGAGUGCUUUGGGUGGAUGGAAGUUUGCCAGUUAUCGGAGUGUAUACCAGAUCUGAGUCGACCAAUGGCAGCGCGUUCAAAUUCAAGUAAAAACUAUAUAUAAGACU